AUGGCCAUUACCAAAUCGCAUCCCGGAAUCAAUGUCAGUGUUACUAGCCAGGGAAAGCUACUGCCUGAGUACGACAAUGAUGAGGAAGAGACCAGCCCCCAGACUAUUACGAAAUAUAUCGAAGCUCAAUCAGGCGCCGAGUUCGCAAUCCAAAUUGAGCUGCAAAAGCCAUUUCCAGUCCAUUCUGUGAAAUUCAGGUUGUACCUAGAUGGUAGAUCUGUGUGCUCGCGUAUCGUCUCGGAAGCCCAAUAUGCCAAAGCGAAAUCUAGGGUGAAAAGAACAAUCGGUAGUGUUACCUCAAUAGUCGCGGAGGGCCGAUGCAUGAUACAGAAAUUCUGUUUCUCUGAUUUAUCAAUUGAUGAUUCCCACGAUCAGCCUGUGGGUGACCGACUCAUAGAUGAUUUGAAGACGAUGGGCGAAAUCACCCUCAAGGCGUACUACAUCGACGGUCUCAAAGAUGUUCUCAGCAAGCCGUCUGGUAGCGAAUCUUCUAAGAAGAAAAUCCUUGAUGCAGGGGUAAUUCCAGAAAAAGCGUUGAAAGGGAGAGCUCUCUCACAUCAGGCGGGGUUGAGUGCACCGGUGAACAUGCCCUACUCAGCCUCAGGGCACCACACAGAUUUCAAAUACGUUGAUCCGAACAAGCAGCCUUUCGCUGUGGUUACCUUCAAGUAUCGCUCAAAAGAGGCUUUGCGAUCCCUACUAGUCAUUCCCCGAAGUCCUAGUCCAGUUCCAUUAGAGGAUAGGGAUACCAGCACUCUCACGCUAGACGAGUCGCGCGAACUUCUUCGACCUAAGAGUGAGCGAGAUGAGGUUACACGAGGUAUCAAAGAAGAAGUUGUACAGCAAAAAAGCAACGCUGAUAAGCUUGGGACGAUCAAACGAGCUGCUGAGGAUGAUGAUGAGAUUUCGUUCGUCUCGUCAAAGCGUCGACAACCUCGAACUACCUUCAAUAAGCACGGAAUUGAGACGAUCGAUCUUACAUGA